AUGGGCAUGUCGUGCUGCUGCUUCCCCUGGUCUUGCGGUGACCGGUCAGAGAACGGCGUGUACGCGCCAGUGCUAGGCGAGAAUGAACGUCAAGCGGUCGAAGUCCUGCUUCAAUAUCUGGACAAUCGCGAGGAGUCUGACCUGCUCUCAGAGGGCGCCUUGGACGCGCUGACCACUCUGGUCAACAGUGAUAAUAUGGACCUCCAACGGUCUGCGGCGCUGGCGUUUGCGGAAAUAACAGAGAAAUACAUUGCAAGUGUGAGCGGUAAAGUGCUCGAGCCCAUUCUGGUCCUGCUGCAGUCCCCCGAUGCUGAGAUCCAGCGCGCCGCUGGAGCCGCUCUGGGCAACCUGGCGGUUAACAAUGAAAACAAAAAGCUGAUCGUUGAGAUGGGUGGCCUGGGUCCGCUCAUGAAGCAGAUGAUGUCGCCCAAUGUCGAGGUCCAGUGCAAUGCGGUUGGUUGUAUGACGAACUUGGCCACUCUAGAGGAGAACAAGGCGAAAAUCGCCCGCUCCGGCGCCCUGUUGCCACUCACAAAGCUAGCAAAGUCCAAGGACAUGCGGGUCCAGCGCAAUGCCACCGGUGCUCUGUUGAACAUGACCCACUCCAACGAAAACCGCCGCGAGCUCGUGAAUGCUGACGCCAUCCCCGUAUUGGUCUCUUUGCUCUCGAGCACGGACCCAGACGUGCAGUACUACUGCACCACUGCCCUUUCUAAUAUCGCAGUUGAGGCGGAGAACCGCCAGAGACUCGCUCAGACCGAGCCACACCUUGUGCACCACCUUGUUCAUCUCAUGGGCUCGUCUUCCCCCCGAAUCCAGUGCCAGGCGGCGCUGGCUCUCCGCAACCUUGCUUCCGAUGUAAAUUAUCAGGUGGAGAUUGUACGGGCUAAUGGCUUGCCCUUGCUGCUUAAUCUAUUGCAAUGUUCUCAUACCCAUCUUGUUUUGGCCGCAGUCGCAUGUAUCCGUAAUGUGAGCAUCCAUCCUCUCAACGAAGCGGCCAUUGUUGACGCAGGCUUCUUAGGUCCGCUUGUUGAUCUACUUAGCCAGACCGAAAACGAGGAAAUUUUAUGUCAUGCCGUAUCGUCUCUGCGUAAUUUGGCGGCGUCCAGCGAGAAAACGAAGCUCAACAUUGUUGAAACCGGCGCUGUACAGAAAUGUAUUGAUCUCGUAGGCCGGGUGCCAGCGAGCGUUCAAAGCGAAAUUACAGCUUGUAUUGCAGUUCUUGCUCUUGGCGAUGAGCUCAAGGGAACCAUGCUUUCCCUGGGCAUCGUCAAGGUGCUCGUGCCGCUUACUAUGGUAGACAAUGUCGAGGUGCAGGGCAACUCGGCUGCCGCUUUGGGCAACUUGUCUUCAAAGGUUUCAGACUACGAUCCGUUUGUCGAGGCUUGGGACGAGCCAAAUGGAGGCAUUUACCACUUUUUGGUAAACUUUUUGUCCUCCAAAGAACCAACGUUCGAGCACAUCGCUGUAUGGAUGAUUCUGCAGCUACUAGAGUCAGAAGACCCCAGACUCCUCAAGGCCAUUGCUGCUGCCCCCGAGCUAACCCACCGCGUAGAGGCCCUGGCGACGCAGGAUGUCGAUGUCGCGGGUGACGGUGCCGAUAAAUCGUAUACUUCGCAGAUGGCCGUGCCAGCGCUGGCCCGCAGAGUAGUAGAACUGCUCCGUGAGUCCUGA